AUGCCCUCUGUGAUUCGAGAGCUGGAUUGCACACGCUCUGAACAGACCAAGGCUUUGCUAGGGGCUGUUCUUGUUGUGACGAAGCCUCAUGGGAUGAUUUUCAAUCCGGCAUGGGUGGACGGCUUGUUAGACGCUGACACGUAUGCAAUCUAUACCAGAGAGAUACUUUCUGGUCUUGUUCUGGAACCCCCUAGCAUACAAGUCGUGCAAUCGCUUCUUAUCAUAACAUUGCACGAGUGGGGAUCUCGCAAUUUCCACAAAGCUUGGGUAUACUGUGGUAUCGCGAUCCGCAUCAUGCAGGCUAUCCAUAGCCUCCGAGUGACCAGGUACCCGCUGGAUACCGAAGCUGAUACGAGAAACGACGUUAUGUCAGUCGCAAUCGAGAACAGAGUCUUCUGGGCCUGCUUUAUCAUGGACCGGAUGGUUAGCUCGGGUACUUAUAACCCGCCCAUGCUUCCUAUGUCGGAGAUGGAGAAAUUAGGGAUCUUACGCCCACUGAGCACUGUGGAGUUUGCUUUCGGGACAGACUUAGCGUCUCAUUCACUCGGUAUCGAGGAAAGCCUGAUGCGAUCGGAACACCAUCCUACGGGGCUUUUGGACAUUACACAAAGUUUUGAGAUCCUGGUCUCGGGAUUCGACAUCUGGGCUCAGGUAAUGACAUUUAUAUUAAACGACGGAAGACGGGCUCCGGGAAUGUGCGCUCCCCAGAAUUGUCCUUGGGUCCCUGGAUCUCCGUGGUCACGUACUAGAAGCCAACUCGAAAGAUGGAGAGCUAGCCAGCAUGAUCGGCUAUACUACCCGAAUAAUGGUGUCGUUGCACAUAUGAGCUUGGGCUACGGGGAGUCGUUUACGUACUCAAAUCUACUAUAUUAUGUCAGUACGCUAAUGUUGCAUCGCGAAUACUUCCCAUUCCUGCCUUUGAAUGAGACUGGCCCUCGCGGUCCCGUCGAUCACCCUACACUCGAAGCCGAGGCACCACCGGGCUGGUGGGAAGAGAGUGCGACGCAAUUAUUCGGAGCAGCAGAACACAUCGCUUUAUUGUUGCAUGAAGCCUCGGAAUGUGGUGUCAGCUUGUAUACGCCGUUCAUCGGGUUUUGCGCGUUUUCUGCGGCCUUUAAUAACAUCUAUGUGCAUCGCUUCCCGCAGAUGAAUCUCGGCCGUAGUCUGCGAGCAGAACAAGGGUUGGGUUACUGUCUUGCCUAUCUUUCAGAGUUUCGGAAGGUUUGCAAGCUAGGGGACGGUUGGCUGGCAACAAUUGAACAUUCAUCGCUCUUAUACGAACGAGCUGCAUCCGACCGCCAUCGCUAUCAAGGAAAAACGCGAGCUGACUUUGACAUCCUGCAUCAAUCAAUCCAUGAAUUUCGUGUAGUUGACAGAUCCAAUGACCAUAUCCAAGAGAUCGAGGGUGCGGAAAGAGCCACUGGUCACGCAGGCCAUGUUUCUCUAUCCAACAUCCCAGAGACGCGAGCUAACACAGUCGACCUUGACAUGCCGCUCGGUCAGUUGCUGGUAGAAGCUAGUGCUUUUGCGCAUGAUCACGGUGCUUGGGGUCAUUGGUGGCCUUCUCUUGAGGAGGUCGAUCUGGCCUUAGGUUUGGAUGGAACAUAA